GAUCACGCCAUUACAUUAGUUCGCUUACGUCUAGGACUGACAGACAGUUGGCUUUCGAGGUGGGGGUGCCGUUUAUUCUUUCGAUAGUUUUGCUAUUGAAUCUGUUGCCCUCGAGCGACAGAUUUCGAGAGUUCAAUUACUGGAGAUGUGCGUAGAUUUUCCAGGACAACGACUCGUGCGUCAUACAGAAUGCAGAGCUGCAUCGACUGGGUAUUCCCUCGCCUAAGACGGCCUUCGAGGUUUUGGCACUUCGCGAGCACUUUGACGGUCGCUGCUGUUGGGCUUUUUAGCAAAAUCAUCAUAGUAUGGUUAAACAAGACCCGGGUGUACAACAAACAAAUACUCAUCGAUGCAAUAGCUAAGCGACCAAAGGGCGUGCCCCUUGUAACAGUUUCAAACCAUCAUUCGUGCUUCGAUGAUCCCGGUCUUUGGGGUAUUCUUCCAACCAAAUAUCUCUGUGGCAAGAAUCAUAUAAGAUGGUCCCUCACAGCCCACGAUAUUUGCUUUACCAAUAAGUAUCACUCGUUGUUUUUCAUGUUUGGAAAGUGUAUACCAGUAGUCCGAGGGGGUGGCGUUUACCAGCCAGCCGUAGAUGUGUGCAUUGAGAAGCUUGCACUGGGAGACUGGGUGCAUGUUUUCCCCGAAGGAAAAGUCAAUAUGGAAAAGGAAUUUAUACGCUUAAAAUGGGGUGUUGGUCGCAUGAUUUAUGAGUCACCAAAACUUCCAAUCAUCAUACCAAUUUGGCAUGAGGGUAUGGAUAGCGUUCUCCCAAACACACCACCGUACUAUCUCCGAUUUGGAAAGAAAGUGACUGUCAACAUUGGGAAACCAAUCCAACUGAGUAGUUUGGUACAAAGUCUUAAAGAACGUAACGUUCAGGAGCCUGAAGCUAGGAAAUUAAUUACAGAUAAGAUACAAGAGGAACUAUUGUAUCUGUUUCCUUCCAGGCAUUGAGGCCAGAGACGGAAAUGUUGCAUUUGAAGUGUUGACUUUAGUUAACUAGGAUAAGUUUAUAGUAAAUAUAAUGGAAAUUUACUUUAAUCUGAAAUCGAUAUCUACCAAAAAGAGCUUUCCAAGACUUCCCGGAGAAGAUUUUGGAGACGAUCCAAAUCAGAACUUCUCUAGAAAGAACAAAAAGAUGCAUGCAGAUAACAAACGAAAUUUUUAUUGAUUUGGAACAAUAAUAAGAACAUGAAGGGUUAUUUUACAAGAUAUGCAAUUGUGUACAAUGCAACAGCAAAUAGCAGAAUAUUAGAUAUAUUUACUACCCCACAUAUACAUAGAUUCUUUUCGAUGUUGUAUAUUUCUCAUUUCUCUAAUAUAUCCGAAAUAUUGCUGUGUAUUUUUCUAAGAUACAAUUAUAUUUGUCUAGACGGACGAUAUUUGAAUUUCCAUAGUUAACACGAAGCAUCUUUCAGACCAUCAUUUGAAUGCUUGCGCCAUGAAGUCGUAGUGCUCUGAAGCAGAUAGCAACAGACUGAUAUUAACCUCAACCAUUUAUUUAUUAAGCCAUUUUUGAACGAUGUAAAUCGCCAUUUUAGUUGAAUAUCAACUGUUAUGAAAAGACCACACCUUUAUGAUAGUUAAUUUUUUUUACCCCAAGUCUAUGUGCCUGUGGUGAGUGCUGGAGCUUCCGUGGAACUCGUUUCUUGCCUGAAAUCCAUUUCCAGUACUUUAGAGAAGAUUUUUUUAAGUUUCCAGGGCUAGUGAAAUUGCAAAUAAGUUGACAAGAAUAUAAUUGUGCGCUAUGUAAGUUAUUUAUAGUUACGAAUAGCGGUAACUGCAUAGAUAGUGAUAACCUAAUUAAUUCGUGUCAUCUGUAGUACAAUGACGGCUAGUUUUGAGAAUGGCUAGGAGCGGAGUUAGCUAUCGUUGCAUUUUAUUGGACAUGUCACUUCAUUACAAUAAAGUUAAUUCAAGUACGAA